CCAAAUCUCGUGUAACUCCAGAGUCAGGCAUGGCGUCCUUCAAAAACAGCUCCAAUACCAACAAUAUUUAACCAUUUUCUUAUUUUUGUUCGUGUUCAUUAUAUUUAUUUCAUAAUGGCAACAAAGAGCGGGUGCAUCUUUAUCCAGCGACGUUUUGCUUCAGCCGCUGCUGCAGUCCGGCCUUCAGCUGCUGAGGUUCGCAGUCACAGAAAUGCAGUGUUUUUGAGAGAGCAGAGCCGACAAAGGGCACUGUUUCCUCGCAUUGAGAAGAUCGAGGUUUCUAUGCAGGGCCCAGGUUUGGAGGGAACUCUGUUGGUUAUGAACAAAGGGAUGUCCACCCCUCUCAGCUGUGCACGACAUCUGACGGAGUACCAUGUGACCUCUUCAGUCUUGGCUCUUGUGGAUGGAGAGCUGUGGCCUCUGCACAAACCGCUCAUGGACUCCUGCGCUCUCAGACUGCUCACAUUUAAGGACCGUGACCCUACUGCUGUCAACCAGGCGUUUUGGCGUUCCUGCUCUGCUCUCCUGGGCCAGGUUUUGGAGACGGCCUUUAAAGAUGACUUCACUGUGGAGCUGCUCCGGUCUCCAGACGUCCCAGUCACAUCUGGAGCUUUUUGCUGUGAUGUAGUUCUUGAUCCACAGUUAGACUCGUGGGCGCCCUCUCAGGAGUCGUUGCGUUCACUGACCCGCGGGGCACAGCUGCUCAUCCACCUGGACCUGCCCUUUGAGCCUCUAGAUGUGCUGCCUUCAGUGGCCCUCGAGGUUUUCUCCCACAACAAGUGUAAACAGGAAGAAGUGGUGAAGAUGGCCUCAGAAAACCCCACAGGCACACUUCAACUCUACAGAUGUGGGGAUCAUGUGCUUCUGUCCAGUAGCCCCCUAGUGGCGAGGACCGGUCUGUGCUCUCAGUUUGAAGUGACCGCGCUCCACAGUUUGGGAUCCGGGCCGUGGGGACUCCAUCGCAGAGCGCAGGGGCUGUCUCUGCCCACCCAACUUCAGGCGCAUCACACAGUCUGGAAUAAGUUGAGGAAAAGAGCGGAAAAACUGGUUGAAGUUCCAAAUUCUGACCUGACUCCACCCACUUCUCCAGCUCCCAGCCAAUAACUGUCAACCAAAUACCAAAAUGUUUGAAAGGUCUGUAAUUAUUUGAUAAAUGCAGUGCACCGCUGGGCUUAUACAAUCUGCCAUAGACUAUAAUGUACUUUUCUUUUCUGUAAAGUGAAAACUCAACUUUGUGUUUUGUUUAAUAAAAAGCUUAAAC